AUCUGGGCUCUCUCCAGCUGUGGAUUUUGGCAGCCGAUCCCGUCUGGGAACUGAGCUGGGAGGCAGAAAAUGAAAGCCGGCUGCAGCAUCGUGGACAAGCCCGAAGGAGGAGGGGGCUACCAUUUCCCAGAGUGGGCGUACAAGACGGAGUCGAGCCCCGGCUCUCGGCAGAUCCAGCUGUGGCAUUUCAUCCUGGAGCUGCUCCAGAAGGAGGAAUUCCGGCACGUCAUCGCCUGGCAGCAGGGGGAAUACGGGGAGUUCGUCAUCAAGGACCCCGACGAGGUCGCUCGCCUCUGGGGGAGACGCAAGUGCAAGCCCCAGAUGAAUUAUGACAAGCUCAGCCGAGCCCUCAGAUAUUACUACAACAAGAGGAUCCUGCACAAGACCAAGGGCAAAAGAUUCACCUACAAAUUCAAUUUCAACAAAUUGGUGAUGCCAAAUUAUCCCUUCAUCAACAUCCGGCCCAACG